AUGGUUUAUGAUGAUAAUGUUUCCAUAAAUACUUAAAAUAGAAAAAUGCAAAUAAAAGACCAAUAUACUAUGUUGAAAAAUCAUAAUAAAAAGGAUAUUAUUCAAUAAAAUACAGAGUUACUUGGAUUGACAAUCUACAAAGGAGAAUUAUUGUAACUGCUCAAGUAACCUCUGAUAUCACUGUCAAAGAAUUUUUAUAAAUGGUUAUUGAAGAAUUCAAUAAAACUUUCAUAAAAGCAGAAAUUGAAUUAUUUUUCUUUUUAAAUGAUUUCAAUAUAUAUGAACUUUAUGAAAUGGAUGAAUAUGAAAGACCUGAUGAAGAACUUCCAUGUAAAAUAAAAUCUAAUUUACUUAGCCUAUGAUGAAAAUUAAAAAUUAUGUCAAUUAAAGACUAAAUCUUUUGCUUUGAAACAAACUUAAAUAAUAUUGAAUUCUUUAAUGGUUUCUUCUUUAAGUGAUCACCCUGUCUUGUAAGUCACCAAUAUCUCCAAUAAGUGA